CGUCGUUAUUUCUGCUUUCAGGUUCUCGCCGAUGCUCUGAGGAAUGGUUUAACAGCUGACGUUCUGGCCGCGAGUCCUACUCGGUGCAUGGUGCCUGCGCAGCUACUUCGAUUGAACGGACUGGUCACCACACGUCAAGCCCGGCUUUGCUCGCAAGUCGCGGCUAACCAGGCAGCACAACAGGAUGCCUCCUUACACGUUUCCGAAGACCAAUCUGGGGUGACUGUAGGAGACAACGGAGAACCGGACAAGCUCUAUAAGAGAAUCGAGCUCGAAGUCCGAGGUCACGACACCGCAGUUCUCAAGAGCUACAAGUGGUACGCGUUGGAGGCCGCAAAGCUUUUGGACAUCAAAGUCUCAAGAACGUGGCAACCGAAAAAGGUGCACGAAAGGUGGACCCUGCUGAAGGCCCCAUUCGGCAAGAAGAAACACAUGGUCCAGUACGAAAUGAGGACGCACUUUGAAGUCAUUGAGCUCAAGCACCUGACAGGCUCUACGGCUGACACCUAUCUCGAAUACAUUCAGAGAAAUCUUCCAGAAGGAGUCGCUAUGAAGGUCACAAAGACCACGCUGGAAAGGCUGCCGAGUUACAUCAAGCCUCCAGUGCAUGAAACCAGUGAUGCCCAAUCAACGUUACUAGAGGACGCCUCGAAAUGAAGAAUUAGUUAUGCGCAGUAACAAAAGGAAGAAAAUCACGACGCAUUUUCUAAUUCUAGUGAAUGGAAAAUGACUGCCCUUACUGAAUAAAAGUUUUGUUAGCAAGCAA